AUCGAUUUCAUCGAAUUUGUUAUAAAACCUCUCUUUUAGGCACCUGACCAAAAAAAAAAAAAAAAACCUCUCUUUUAGGCUUUAAGAUAGCCACUACUAUAUAAGUCUAAACGUACAAUUAAGACUAAUUUAACAUCAUAUUUUCAAUAUGGCAUACCAAAACCAUAAUCCUUCAAUUCAAACCUCAGAUGUUGAAGCUCCUGAAAUCACUCCAACAAACCAUUCACAAGAAACUAAAAGUUUCACAGCAAAAUAUGCAGUUCACAAAGUGAAACAAAACUUGAUUUUUCGAUCAAAAUGGGCUGAAAUUAAUGGUGCCAUGGGUGACCUUGGCACCUAUAUACCUAUAGUGCUUGCUCUCACUCUAGCUAAGGACCUUAACCUUGGCACCACAUUGAUUUUCAAUGGUAUCUACAACAUCAUAACCGGUGUCAUUUAUGGGAUCCCUAUGCCAGUCCAACCGAUGAAGUCCAUCGCGGCUCAGGCCUUAUCCGACAAAGAUUUCGGAAUACCGGAGAUCAUGACUGCUGGAAUCUUAACCGGCGGCACGUUGUUCAUACUUGGGAUCACAGGAUUAAUGCAGCUAGUGUACAAAAUAAUUCCUUUAUCAGUUGUGAGAGGAAUUCAAUUAGCACAAGGUUUGUCAUUUGCUUUAACAGCUGUUAAAUAUGUAAGAAAAGUGCAAGAUCUUCCAAAGUCUAAAUCUUUAGGCCAAAGACCUUGGUUUGGUUUAGAUGGAUUGGUUCUAGCUAUUGUUUGUGCUUGUUUCAUUGUGAUAGUGAAUGGAGCUGGCGAAAAAAAUCGCGGCUGUUGCGGUGAUCCACAAAGUGAUAAUUUAGAUGGCCAAACCCAAAAGAGUGAUAAUGAAAGUGGAAGAAAAAGUAAGAUGAAUAGAUUAAGAAAAAUUGUUUUUUCACUUCCUUCUGCUUUAUUAGUCUUUGUUUUGGGAAUUGUUUUGGUGUUUAUAAGAAAGCAUGAAGUUAUACAUGAAAUUAAAUUUGGACCCUCUUCGAUAGAAGUAGUGAAAUUCACUAAACAUGCAUGGAAAAAAGGUUUUAUUAAGGGUGCAAUUCCACAACUUCCAUUAUCAGUUUUGAACUCUGUGAUAGCUGUUUGUAAAUUAUCAACAGAUCUUUUUCCUGAAAAGGAAUUUUCAGUUACAUCAAUUUCAGUUACAGUUGGAUUAAUGAAUUUAGUUGGUUCAUGGUUUGGUGCUAUGCCAACAUGUCAUGGUGCUGGUGGAUUAGCAGGACAGUAUAAAUUUGGUGGAAGAAGUGGAGGGUGUGUGGCACUUCUUGGUGUUGCAAAAUUGGUAUUAGGAUUGGUUUUAGGUACUUCUUUGGCACAUAUAUUGAAGAUGUUUCCUGUUGGAAUAUUAGGAGUGUUACUUUUGUUUGCUGGUAUUGAAUUAGCUAUGUGUGCUAGAGAUAUGAAUAGUAAAGAAGAUUCAUUUGUUGCACUUAUUUGUACUGCUGUUUCAUUGGUUGGAUCAAGUGCUGCUCUUGGAUUUUUGGUUGGAAUGAUUGUUUAUGUCAUUCUUAAGUUAAGGAAUUGGACUAGUGAUAAAUCACUUUCUUGCAUUUGGAACCAGAAAAGUCCAAAUUAAAUUUGAAGUAAAUGAGUUUAUUUAGGAUUCGGAUGCUUUCCUGCUGUCUGUCUUGCACUGAUUACAACUAUUGGAUCUAUGUUGUUGUUUCUCUCUCCAGACAUUAGAUUAAGGCAGAUAAGAUGACAUAACACAUUAAGGCAGGAGAAGAUUCAAACUCGUUUAUUUAUGUGUAUAUAUAUUUUUAGUGAAAUAAGUUAGUGUGUGUGUUUUUAUUAUAUGUUGAUUUUCUGUGAGGUUUGAGUGUUUUUUGUUUUUCUUGUUAUUAAGUGAGGAAUGGUAGGGGUUGUAGUUCAAGGACACUUUAUAUUGUAAUUGUAAAAAGGGUAGAGCAUAGUGUUAGUAGAAACUUCUAUUGUUGCUAGCUUUUGCUCCUUGUAACUUAUGUAUGCUAUCGCAUACCUAAUGUUUAAUAUACUCUUAAUGAUAAUGCAAAUUUCCUUUUA